AUGCCUCCAUCCACAGAGAAUUCUCGUCGGAAUUCUGAAGAAGAUGAGGGAUGUAGCGACGGGUUUAAACUGGACUCGGCCAAAUUGCACAAGAUGCCAGAAGAGGUUUUUGAUAUAGUUGGAAAACUUGGCGAAGGAUCAUAUGGUAGUGUUCAUAAAGCAAUUCAUAAAGAUUCGGGACAUGUAUUGGCUAUCAAAAAAGUGCCGGUUGAUACGGAUUUACAUGUGAGUAUUGAACAACUGUUUCUUUUAUUAUCAAUUUUUUGUAUUUCAGGAGAUAAUCAAAGAGAUAAGCAUUAUGCAACAAUGCAAGAGUAAAUACGUUGUAAAAUAUUAUGGUUCAUACUUCAAAAAUUCCGAUCUAUGGGUAAGUUUUUUUUUGAAAAUUAAGAUGAAUUUAUGGAAUUAUCUUUGAAAUGAAAAAAUGCUGCUGGUGAGAAUUAGAAACAUGAAUUAAUAAAACAAUCAUGUUUUGAAUCAAAACCAUCUUAAAAAAUGUGAAGUUCAUUUAAAUAAAAAUUUAAAAACUCUCUAUAAUGUAUUUCAAUUUGAAGUUUAGUUGGAUGAAGCUGAAAUGGUUUCUAUGACAUUAAAUUCUAGAAUUUACAAAGAUUUUUGUUUUUUUUUUUUUGAAAUUACACAUGUUGAGCUUCAAAAAAUCUAAAAUUCAAGCUCAUCUUGAACAUUUAAAAAAUAUCUAGUCUCAUUUUAAUUUUAACAGUCACUCUCAUCUCUCCCAAUGAUUCAUAUAUCUUCCAUUCAAGGCCAAAUUUUCAGAUCGUGAUGGAAUAUUGUGGUGCUGGUAGCGUUUCUGAUAUAAUGCGCGCCCGACGAAAACCGCUCAACGAAGGAGAAAUCAGUGCAGUUCUCCGUGACACAAUCAAAGGUUUGCAAUAUUUGCAUGAUUUGAAAAAGAUUCAUCGUGAUAUCAAGGUAAGUUCAAUGAUUUUUCAGAGAAGAAAUCAAUCUAUAAUUUUUAGGCUGGAAACAUUCUACUUAAUACUGAUGGAAUAGCUAAAUUAGCUGAUUUUGGAGUUGCUGGCCAACUAACUGAUACAAUGGCAAAAAGAAAUACUGUGAUUGGAACACCAUUUUGGAUGGCGCCGGAAGUUAUUGAAGAAAUUGGAUAUGAUACUAAAGCUGAUAUUUGGUCAUUGGGAAUAACUGCAAUUGAAAUGGCUGAAGGAAGACCGCCAUAUUCAGAUAUUCAUCCAAUGAGAGCUAUUUUUAUGAUUCCAACAAAACCACCUCCAACAUUCAAGAAACCAGAAGAAUGGAGUGCUGAAUUUGUAGAUUUUAUCAAAUGUUGUUUGGUGAAGAAACCAGAUGAAAGAAAAUCAGCGCAAAAACUAACUGAACACCCCUUCAUAUUAGCUGCACCUGGAUGUGAUGUUCUUCAAAUAAUGAUCAAAGAUGCAAGCGAAAAAGCAGCUGCAUUACAAAAUCAGCUGAAUUCGAUAAAUGCUAAUGAUGCAACUAUGAUUAAUGAGGGAAUGUCAACGAUGGUUGGCGGAGAUGCAACAUUAAUUCAACAUGGUGAAAAUUAUAUAACUGCGCAAAGUUUGAGAAGUCAGAUGGAGAGUUUGAAGAUUGGAGGAGAGAUUCCGAAAUCGGCUUUGCAAAGACAACAAGCUCCACCACCACCUAUUGAAAAUUCUAUGAAUGAUAAAACUGGACCAAGUUUCUCAAUUGGAUCUGAUGACACAAGUUAUAAAGAUGCUCAAAGCUAUCAACCAUGUUAGUUGGAUUUGUUUUGGGAUAAAAUAAAAAUUUUCUUUUUUUUUACAGUGAACACUGAAGCUGAAUAUGAAAACCGAUUCCAAAAAGCAAUAGUCGAUGGAGAUUUUGAAUUUGUAAGUUUCAAAAACAAAAACCUCUUCCAUUUUUUUCUUUUUCAGUUGAGAAACAUUACACUAGAAGAACUAUUACGACGAAAAGAAAGUUUGGAUACAGAAAUGGAAGAUGAAAUUCGAGAGCUUCAAAGAAGGUAAGUAACAAAAAAUCGAGAUAAAUGUUUCUUAAUUGAUUAAAAAAUAUAUAUGAAAUGUUUGCUUUGAAUCUUGAGAAAUAAACGUAGAGAGUUGUAUUGUUACAACACGAAAUCAGGUUUUGUACAAAUUUAAUGAAAAAAAAGAAACAAUAAUUGUUCAAUCGGUCAAAACUCGUGAUUUUUUUUGAGAUGAGAACAAAGAUUUGUUUGGUCAUAUAUUGAGAUUUCGGAAGUUUGAACUUUCGAGAAUUUGUUUAAAAUCCCAGAUUUUUUUGAAGAUAAAUAUAAACAAAUUUGGAUGAACAUCUGGUUUUUUGAGCUUUUAAACAGAACGUUCAUUGUAAUUUGACUACAGUUUCCAGUAAAUCAUGAAAAUCAUCAACGUUUUAAUGAAAACUAUACAAAUGAAAAUGGCAUCGAGAUUCUGAGAAUAUAUACUUUAAAAAUUCAUUUUGAAACCUAGCAAACAUUGUGAACAAAUUCAAUAAUAAAAUCCUUUUUUUUCUCAAUUUUCAAGGAGUUACUAGAAUUAUUCGAUAAUUCUGCUGAUUCUGAAUUGAAUUCCAGAUUACUAUUUAAAACCCCGGUUGUUCAAAAUAGAAACCUGUAGGGCAAUUUAAAAUGGGAAAACUGUUGAAAAAAACUCUAGGUAUAUUUUAAAUCAAAAUAAAUGUUUUUUUUUCAGAUACAAAACAAAACGCCAACCAAUCCUCGAUGUUAUCGAAAGCAAAAAACAAAAAGAAUAA